GCUGUUCCAGCACUGAGCGCGCUGUUCUGGAGACUCUGGACACUGAGACACGCUGUGACAUCUCUUCUUCUCUGUGAUGUUGAUAGACCUGUGAAGAUCAGAAGCAGCACAUGAUGAAACAUGCAGAGGACUCUGAAUAGAUUAAGGAAGUCAUACAGACAGCCUGAAAACUCUUUGGGAAAUAACAUAUUGGUCUUUUCAACAACACCGGACCGUUGUAUGACGUUGAAAGAAACGGAUGGCAAAUGACCAGCCUCCAGACUAGUUUUUAUAGACCAUAGCCAUGGACGUCUAAUGGAUAAACCUUCAAUGAAUGUUUUUCUCUUUUGGGUCACUGGGAGCACUGUAGAAUGGAGGAUCCAUUCCAGACAUUCUCUCAAGGGUAUGUCAUGCUAACUCCAAGAAGAAUGAGCCAUUUUCACCAGAUGGAGAUAUGCGCAUGUCGCUACUGAACUGGUCCAAUGGUUUAUUUGUCUGGACGGAGAACUAAUAGGACCCUAAAGAAGAGGAAGUGGCCCUAACUUGACCCAUAACAAAGUAUGUACAUGAAGAGCCAGGCUGAAGUUUAAAGAGUGGGUGAAAUGGGAAUGGACAGUAAAGUUCUAAACAAAACUUGCUUUGUGGUCUACACCUGGGAAAUAUGAGACUUUAGUUGACAGACAAAACACAAACAGUUCUUCUUUUUAAUCAAAGACAUACCCUAGUGACUUCAACAAGCGGUUCUGGCAUGGGCGGCCUUUGGCUGAUCUUUACGUCUUGUUUUUGAUGGUACGCAGAGAUGCCCCAACUUUAUUGAACUACGUCAUCCUACCCAACUUGUUGUUGAGGUUGUCAGUUGUGAUGCUGCGCAGGGGUCUGCUGGCUUGGCUGUCACGUGUGGGUGUUCUGUUAGUGGUGGUAUGCUGUUGUCUUUCCCUCCUUUAUGUCAUCACUUGCAGCCCCCAUGCUGAUGAGCCCAUGGCUGGUCAACCCCUGCCCAGGGCUGGAGGGAUAGCUAUGCCAGGAGGUCCAAGCAGGCCAGGUGGGGUUGGAGGUGCCCCCAUCGGCCCUGCUGGACGGGAAGGGUUCCAAGCCCUUCUCCAAGAGCGAGAAGAGCAGCACCAGCAGCAUAUUGCCAGCCUGAAAAAACAAAUUGCUCAACUUAAAGAGGCUCUCCAGGAACGGAGCGAACAACUUAAAGGCAUGCAGGACUCUGUGGAGAAGACGGCUGGGAAGGGCACGGUGGGUGACGUGGCUGACGACCACAGUCACAGCGACCUGCAGGAGUUCCUACGCAGCCAGCUGAGCCGGGCAGAGAUACACUCUGGCGUUCGACUUCCAAGCGAGUACGCUGUAGUGCCCUUUGAGAGCUUCACCUUACAACGCGUCUACCAGCUGGAAAUGGGGUUGACUCGUCACCCUGAGGAGAAGCCGGUGAGGAAGGACCGCAGGGACGAGCUGGGGGAGGUGGUGGAGAGCGCGCUGCAUGCCCUCAAUGCACCAAAUCGAGGUGGAGACAAAACAAAAGCUAGCAAAGUCUACACACCAUCAGACUUUAUAGAAGGCAUAGCACGCACUGAGAAGGACAAGGGCACACUGUACGAGCUGACCUUCCGUGGAGAGCAGAAGCAGGAGUUCCGCAGGCUGCUUCUCUUCCGCCCCUUCGGCCCCCUCAUGAAAGUGAAAAGUGAGCUGGUGGAGACGGCCAAUAUGCCCAUUAACAUUGUGCUGCCUCUGUCCCAGAGAGCCGACAAAUUCAAACAGUUCAUGCACAACUUCAGAGAGGUGUGUGUGAAGCAGGACGGCCGGGUGCACCUUACCGUGGUUUACUUUGGAAAGGAUCAGAUGAAUGAAGUCAAAGGAACCUUGGAGAACACAUCGAGGGAGCUGAAUUUCCGUAACUUCACUCUGAUUCAGCUGAAUGAGGAGUUUUCUCGGGGUCGAGGGCUGGAUGUGGGCGCUCGUGCUUGGAAGGGAGGCAAUGUGCUGCUCUUCUUCUGUGACGUGGACAUCUUCUUCACAGCCGACUUCCUGAACACAUGCCGUCUGAAUGCCCAGCCAGGAAAGAAAGUGUUUUACCCCAUUCUCUUCAGCCAGUACAACCCAGCUGUAAUCUACGGCAGUCAUGAUCACGUCCCCCCUGUGGAACAGCAGCUGGUAAUGCAACUCAUUUUCAUGAGGAGAUUAAAAUGCUUCAUCAAGUUUGAUGUGAUUAAUUGCCGCAUUGUGAUGGAACAAAAUCAUCUCAGUCGUGGUUUCGAUGUGGACAUUAAAGGCUGGGGUGGCGAGGACGUCCACCUAUACAGGAAGUACCUCCACAGUAAUCUGCUAGUGGUGCGCGCCCCGUCACGCGGCCUCUUCCACCUGUGGCAUGAGAAACGCUGCGCUGAUGAACUGCCUCCAGACCAGUACAAGAUGUGCAUGCAGUCCAAAGCCAUGAACGAGGCCUCGCACGGCCAGCUGGGCAUGCUGCUCUUCAGACACGAGAUCGAGGCGCACCUCCGCAAACAGAAACAGCGAAGCGGAGCUAAAAAAUCUUGAUGGACUUUUACCGCUUGUAUACAUGCUCUUAAAGGGAUUGUUCACCGAAAAAUGGAACAUUCUGUUCUUAUUUACUAAGCCUAAUGACAUUUGAUGUUUGUUCUGUGGAAGCAGAGCUCUGGUUGUUCUUUUUGCUGUUUUUACAGUGAAUAUUGACUGAAGCUUCAAAAAAGAUGCAAA